AUGUCCACCGCGCAGCAGCAGCAGCAGCCGAUUCCGCCACCCGAGCGACAGUCGCGUCCCAAGAAAGACCCGAACGUGUUUGUGAAGAUCACAGCGUCCAUUGUUAAAUCUAAAGUACCGAGCUUGUUUGCCCCGUCCGGGUCCACGGUGCACGUGAUCGAGGUGACCAACAAUGUCACGAACCAAUCGUUCAAGAUUGGCAAGACGUUUACCGACUUUGACCUUCAUGUCAAGCAUCUGCAACUCCUUUUGGUGACCCAGCACUCGGAGUGCGACAACGCUGCAUGUCCGACGCUCCUCCCACGCACCAAGGACGCCAUGCCACCUCGCACGCUCAUGUCCCGCACCCCCGAAGUGACCCGGCGCCGCGAAGAAAGCUUUCAGAACCUCCUCGAUCUGUGGACAUCCUUUAUCAACUCCUCUCGGCAAAGCACAUGCCGCACCGCGUUGGCGGACAUCCCGAACGCCCUCAUCGUGUUUUUGUUUGACGGUGCCAAGAUGCACAAGUGGCGAUUCUGGGUGCCCCCUUCGCGCAGUACUCGUGGUAAGCGCGUUCCCAGCGCGGUUCUGGACGACGUCAUGCGCCUCGCGGAAGAGGAGCGGCAAAAAGCGGCCGCCGCCAUCGCGGACAUUGAGGACGACGCCGCGUCGAAGGAAGGCGUGGCCGACAACGACACGAUCCUGUCCGUGCUCCGAAAGUGUGGCAGCAACGUCUCAGCCGACGAUAUCACCCCCGAUGAAGACGAACAACUGGCCAAUCACCUCCAAACUUUGCGCAUCGCCCUCCAUCAAGUCGACACCCUCGACCAACUCGCGCAGGUGGAGACGGAAAUUCUAGAGAUGAUUCGCCAGCAACGCACGCGACUGGUAGCCAGCGCAGCAGAAGCUCUACAGAAUUAUGAAGGUAGUGGCGUUAAGUUGAGUCUAUAGCUGUUGCUUUGAUAUAUCUACUUGGUGUUGGCAACAUCAAAAGUGACCACUGUGCAGUAGUUUCUGUUAAUCUCUAACAAAUUCAUACUAGUAUUCAUUUCUCC